AUGAUGUCUUUUUGUCACAAUAUAAUUAAUGUUUCCUGUGUGAAAAGCAGCAGGUCCAAUGAUGUUCGUGCUUCCCUGUAUAGUUUAAUGGUACUCAUAAUUCUGACCACACUCAUUGGCAAUCUGAUAGUCAUUAUUUCCAUAUCACACUUCAAGCAACUUCAUACGCCAACUAAUUGGCUCAUUCAUUCCAUGGCCACCGUGGACUUUCUGCUGGGGUGCCUGGUCAUGCCUUAUAGCAUGGUCAGAUCUGUUGAGCAUGGCUGGUACUUUGGAGAAGUCUUCUGUAAAAUUCACACCAGUGCUGACAUUAUGCUGAGCUCAGCAUCCAUUUUCCACUUGUCCUUCAUUUCCAUUGACCGCUACUAUGCUGUGUGUGAUCCAUUGAGAUACAAAGCCAAGAUCAGUAUCUUGGUCAUCUUUGUGAUGAUUUUCAUCAGUUGGAGUGUCCCUGCUCUUUUUGCAUUUGGAAUGAUUUUUCUGGAGCUAAAUGUCAAAGGAGAUGAAGAGAUGUAUUACAAAUACAUUCACUGCAUAGGGGGUUGCUCUGUCUUCUUUAGCAAAACAUCUGGGGUACUCGCCUUUAUGACUUCUUUCUAUAUACCAGGGUCUAUUAUGCUGUGUGUCUAUUCCAGAAUAUAUUUCAUAGCUCAGGGACAGGCAAGAUCAAUUCAUGAUGCAAAUCAGAAGUUUCAAACUGGAUUGGAAGAAAAAAAUGGAGUGUCACAAAGUAACGAAAGGAAAGCUGCCAAGACUUUAGGGAUUGUGAUGGGGGUUUUCCUAAUAUGCUGGUGUCCUUUCUUUGUCUGCAUGGUCAUGGAUCCUUUCCUGGACUAUAGUAUCCCACCCACCUUGAAUGAUGCAUUGAUUUGGUUUGGCUACUUGAACUCUACUCUCAAUCCAAUGGUUUAUGCAUUUUUCUAUCCCUGGUUCAGAAAAGCGCUGAAGAUGAUUCUAUUUGGUAAAGUUUUCCAAAAAGAUUCAAGUAGGUAUGAACUAUUUUUAGAAUCACAUCCAUAG